AUGUUAGGAUUAGACGCAUAUGAAAAUUCUAGGGACUAAUCCAAUAUCUAUAAUUAUAAUCAUCAAGCAAUAGGAACAGGAAUAUAAAAUCUUUAAGCCUCUCAAGGACCUCAUAGACCUCCUGUCAAUCCAAAAUUAAAGAUUAAAAAGCCAUUAAAAGUCUAGACUACAGAGUUGGGUGGUGGAGGCAUCCAAACUUCCCCUACAAUUAAUAACUAUUUCAAGAUGGGGAAUCGUUCAACCUAAAAUAGAGACUUAAAUAACAACUCAUAAUAAUCAUUUAUCUUCUCUUUUGGUGGCAAUUCUCCUUCUGUUAACUUAAGAAAUCCAGUUUAGACUCUAGAUUUCUCUUAAAGCUAGGGAAUUUAGAAUAUGACUCCAACUUAGAAAAAUUCAAUGCUCAAGAAUGGAUCUAAUCCCUCAGAUAUACACUUUUAGCAAACCUCAAUGAUUUCGCCACAAAAUCUUUAGGACACGAUAGAAUUUGAACUAAAGUCUCAACUUGACGUUGCUAAAACUGACCUCCAUAACAUUCAAAGCAAAAUUCAAUCCAAAAUAAGAGAAGAAGUCAAUAAGUACCCUUAAUUCGCUGAUGAGGAUUCAGAACUUAAUAAAAAUGUAAAGGAUUUAACUUCCAAAUUUGAAAUAUUUGAAAAUGAAAUACUCAGAAGAACAAAAGACCUUCUAAGGUCUUACAAGGUUCUUAAGCAAGAAAAUAAUUCAAUAUAAAAACGAUUAAGUGAUUGCAUUAGCAUGAAAGAAGUAGAGAUGAAAGUUGAUCUUGUAAAAAGCGAAUAUGAAGAAUAAGUCAACAGAUGUAAUGAGGAUUUGAAUAUAUUGCAAAAUCAAUUUAAAGCAUAGAGAUUUGAAAUUGAGGGGAAUAUAAUGAAGAAGCUUAAAGCAAAGCAGUCUGAAGAGGAAAAAAAGAUGGAAGAUUUCUAUAAGUUUAAGGCGGAUGUCUAUUAAUAUUUGGACAGUAAAUAUGAAAAUUUGCAGAAUAUUUAUGCGAAUAAGUUCAAAACUAUAUUUGAAUUUACUGAUAGAACAGAUGAGAAAAUGAGGACGCUUUGGGAUCAGAAAGGCAAAAAUGAUUUUAAAAUUGAUGAUUUUAAAACCAAAUAAACUCAAAAGAUUUAAAUUGUUGAAGAUCAGAUUAGGGCAAAUGAUAAUAAAAUUGUGUUAGUCGAAGCUAAAAUAAAGGAUCAUCAAAACUAUAUUAUACGCAUUAAGAAGAUAGUUUAAUAAAUCCAGCAAGAUAGGAAUGUUCAUCAGAGAUUGGAAAUUCUAGAAAAAAAACUAUCGGACGAAGACAUUUAGAAUUUAAUCGAUUUAAGAAUCGAUUUGGCUAUCUCUGAUAAAUUAGUCCAUCAUUAGUAAGAUAUUGAUAGUCUUAUAUAGAACAUUGAAAAUUAAGUAAAGGGAACAAUUAGCAGUAUUAAUAGAGUUGAUAAAGACAUAAGCCAUAAAAUUGAGAACUUAGAAAAAAUAGUAAAUUAGAAUAAGCAAGAGGAUUAGAAAAAUUUGAGAUAGGAUUUUUAGGCUAUGUUAGAUUCUCAUAAGGAAAAACUUCAUCAGUUAAAAAAGGAGUUUGAAGGCAAACAAGAAGAGUAAGAGAAAUCAUUUGUUUCAAGCUUCAAUGAGAUCAAAGCAAUAGUUCUUUAAAAAGUGAGUGAGUUUGACAGCAGAUCAUUAACAGCUAAUGAAAAAAUUCAAGCUUUGGAGCAAUCAGUACAUGAUGUAGGAUAAAAAUAUGAACAUUUUUAGGAACUAUUUACAAAUCUGAUCUAAGAAAUGCAAACUACUGAAGAAGAUGAAGAAGGCUCAGUUGAAACAUAGAAUCAAGCAUUAUCUUAGGAAAACUAUAAUUUGCCUACAAAUCUUUCAGAGAGUAUUCAACUGUAAAAAGUGGUUGUUGAUUAAUCUCAAGAAAGUAUAGAAGAAAUGAAAAUACAAGAUGCUGAAUAAAUUAUUUAACUAAAGUAAUCCAAAAGAUAGCCACUUAGAAAAGAGGGGAAAACUCUAUUAGAGGGAGAAGCUUUUUUAAGAUAGUGCUCAAAGGAUUAAACUAAUCACUCUGAUAGAUCUAUAAGAAAAGCUUAAUAGCAAGAGAAGUAGUUGCAUUAGCAAUCACCUUCAAGAAAUAAACAAGCUUUUACAUAUCAUAAUCAUAUUAACAGCUCACUUCCUCAGUUUAUGAAAUCUCACAUUCAAAACUAGAAGAAUAAAAUUUAUGUCGAGAACUCUCCAGAGAGAAAAGCUCAUGACAAUAUGCUAAUUAGCUAAAAGAAUAAAUACAGAAGAGACUCUGUGGUAUUUUAUAAUGACGAGGCUAAUGUAAUUGAUAAAGCCAAGUCAAAGUAAAUGAUGGACAAUGCUAGCUUUAAUGAGGUUUGGAUUGCAAAAUAGGAAAGAAUGAUAAAAGCCUACACCCCAAAAUUUUAGGAAAAUUAAGCUAAAGUUUACGAGCAAGCAAAGCUUAAUAGACGAAUUGAGAUAAAAUAAAACAAAAUCAUAGAGAGCAUUUAGUUUGAAGAUGAAGUAGAAGACUUUCAAGAUUAUAAACCAAUUACAGGGUAUCUCAAAAGUUUGCUUGAAGAUGAUGAAGAGGAUAAAAGCAAUGAAAUACUUUACAGUUCUUCAUCUAGCUACACAUAUGAGUUAGUAGACUAAAGUAUAAAUAAAGGAAGUCCCAAGAGACUUAAUCAAAAUCUAAUCUUUAAAUAGCACUAGUAAGUUAAAUAGGGUCCGGUGAAUUAAAACAAAAUAAGCGACAAAAUUCUUUAAAAUAAGACAAACCAAAUGAGAUCAUUCAAAUCAAUAUUAAGUGACGAUGAAAAUGGUGACUUUUUUGUUAUUUCAGAUGAUGAUGAGGAAGACGAGGCUAUCCAUCCAUUCGAAUAGAGUCCAAAAGAUGAUGUAGUCCAUGAUUGGGGCUCAUCUGGAAAUAAAAAUCUAAUUAGUAUGAUUGAACCUUCAUCAAUAAUAAAAACAUCUCCGAAUGUGGACAGAUCUGGCAAUUAAUCCUAAGGCUAGAUUUAAUUCUAAGGAUUUUAAAGGCGUACCAUAACCAAAAAAGAUUCAUCCAUGAAAUUAAACCCUUUAAUAGAUGACGAAGAGGCAAGCAACAAAAACUCACUUACUCCUCUCACCUCAAAAUUAAAUUUCAACGAUGACACCUCCACAAUUAAUCUUUUUGAAAUUAACGAGUCCCCUAAUAAUUACAUCAAUACAAAUUAGAAUCCAAUUUCAGUGAUUAACAAUAAUAUAAAAAUGAUUGAACCCUAAUAAAUUGAUAUUUAGAAAGCCUAGUAAAAUGCUCUGAAAAGUAGAUAAUAAAGAAAGUUGAAUAUUUAGCAAAGUGAAGAGAUGCAUGAUAUUUUCUUACAGAUAUGUGCCAAGUUCAUUGCUGAGGAGAUCGAUAUCAUUUUUAGAAAUUCUAUAAGAAGAAAAAACUGA